AAGAUAUUCUACCAUGAUGCGCGUUUACAGGCGUUUCUGAUAGUUAUAGGGAAUAUAUAAGCUAAUAAUAGUUUAUUUUUUAUAUCUACGAUCAUCGUUUAUUAUUCAAAAGGCUGUUUUAUAUGCAACUGUAAGAUGUCAUAAAUGGCGUGAUAACUUAAAUGUUACAUGCAAUCCUCAAGAUACAUGAUUAUUUUCUAGCGAAAUGCUUUUAUUUUCUAAAAAGCAAAAUUUUCCCGGUUAUUUAUGAAGAUGGGAAGGAUUACAUGAUAAAAGCAUCCUCGUAGAAAUGGGAAAAAGGGAGUUGACAAUGGAGCCUGUUCAAGAGUGGGGUGAGGAGCACGAAAAUGGGGCGGUGUUUGGGAUCACCCUGCGCAGAGAGCCGGUCCAGCAGUCAGCCGAUCCCACAAAGGCUUUCGUUCAGUACCGAACAUGUAAAGUACGCAGGCUAAAAGCGGCCACGCUGGACAAGCUUGUCUCUCACCUUCUGGACCCCUGCUGUCAGGAGCAAGACUACGGCAGGAUACUGCUGUCCACGUAUCGCACCUUCACCAGCUCCAACAAACUCAUCGAGAUGCUCCUUCAGAGGGGCAACCUUGUGUCUGCGCUUGACAGCACCAAUUACCCUAACAGCUCCUUGUGGACUGUGCUUCAGAUGUGGUUGGAGGAGUACAGUGAUGAUUUGAGGGACGCUCCCAUGCACUCGUCACUGCGUCUCAUGUGCUUGCAGUUGAGAGGACACCCUGCUCUCUUCCCGCUGGCCAAGCGCUAUGAAACGCUCCUUAGGAAAUUCCAAGCUGAAGAUGUUGUGGCAGGUGGUCCAGUUGAUCAUCUAGAAGAAUCAGCUUUGAAUAAGGAGAGAGACUUUGAGUCCGAUAACCUAAUGGAUUUCUUGAGUUUCUCCAUUACGGAUGUUGCCGAACAGCUCACACGAAUGGAUGCUGACCUGUUCAUGAAGGUGGUCCCUUUCCAAUGUCUGGGCUGUGUGUGGUCUCAACGGGACAAGAAAGAGAACCUCUCACCCACUAUUUGGGCCACCAUCGCCCAAUUUAAUGCAGUCACCAGCUGGGUCAUCACUUCUCUGCUUCGAUCCUCGUCUUCUGCCACACAAAGAGCCAAAAUCAUUGAAAAAUGGGUUCGGAUUGCACAGGGGUGCAGAGAGCUGAAGAACUUCUCUUCUCUUAAGGCCAUUUUAUCUGCCCUUCAGUCCAACCCCAUCUACAGACUAAGGAAAACAUGGGCUGCUCUCAGCAGAGAGGCCAUGUCUGUCUUUGAGAACCUGUGUGAAACAUUCCCCGAUGAGAACUGUGUUCUGACCAGCCGAGAAAUAUUUGUGGAUGAUGGGAGUCAAGCUGACAUGGAUAACACUACCACAAAAACAUCCAAGAGAUGCCCUUUAACAAAACAGAUGAGCUCAGCUGGAGGGACAGUUCCAUAUCUGGGGACAUACCUUACAGUACUGACCAUGCUGGACACUGCCCUACCAGACACUGUGGAGGGUGGCCUCAUUAAUUUUGAAAAGAGGAGACGGGAACAUGAGAUUUUAAGGCAGAUCCGUCAGCUGCAGGCCUCGUGUUCUCAGUAUGUUUUACCCCAUCAUCCUCAGAUCGCUGCAUGGCUGCAGAGUCAGAAACUGCUGUCGGAUCAGGAGAGCUAUGAAUUUUCCAGACAGCUGGAGACUCCUCAAGACACUUCUCCAUCCAACAGUGGCUGGAGUCACCGAACUCUCACCAAAAAGCUCUCAUCGCUCUUGUCAGGGAACGAGGGGUCCAAAAAGAACUCAGACCAGAUCAGCGUGUCCUCAUCAGGAUCCAGCAGCUCUGAAACUGAGGAAAUAUCUGCUGCUCAGUCAUCAUCUUUUUUAUCACCGGCUCUUUCCAGCUGCAGUCAGAACACUGAGGCUUUUCCCUCGUCUUCCUCUCCUGAUUCCUCCACCGUGUCUAGUUCGUCCUCCAGCUCUCAGCAGGACCUCAUCCUGAAUCCAUCUUCCUCCUCCUCCUCUUCUUCAGCGUCAGCUGACCCUCACCUGGUCUCCUCCCAUAAGCGCUCUGUCUCCAUGACCUCCCUGCCCUUCUACAACAGGCAGGUGGACGACUCAUGCAUCAUCAGGGUCAGCGUGGAGUUCUGCAACAAUGGCAACAUGUACAAGAGCAUACUGUUGACCAGUCAGGAUAAGACGGCCCAGGUGAUCCAGAGAGCCCUGCAAAAACACAACCUGGAGGAUGUUAGUGAGCAGGACUUCACCCUCGUACAAGUUCUGGCCCAAGGCAGGGAGCUGCAUAUUCCAGAAAAGGCCAACGUAUAUUAUGCCAUGUCUACAUCAGCCAACUACGACUUUGUUCUACGUCGAUGCCCAAAAGGCCAACGGAAACAACUCAUUCGCUCUGUUUCACUGUCAUCAGGACGAGCCACAAAAUAACAGCGGAUUCAGCUCUGAUUCUGGAAAACCUUUUCUGCACUUGCUGAAAACUCUCUAGUCAUUCAAACACAAAUGGAGAUGUCUGAGAUUGAAAACAAGUAAUUUUAAAGGAAAAAAAAGACUAUUUCUGGCCUACAUUUCACCUUGUGAGUUGAUGAAGACUUUAUGAGAUGGCAUUUGCAAGCCGUUUACUUAAGUAACAUGCACUAAUGAAGCAUGCAUGAUAAAACAUAUAGUAAGUAAAUAAAUAGCAUCAAUUAUGUUAACUGUAGAGCUCAAAUAUCAUGAGUUCAGUUUCAUGAAUUCAUAACUCAGGUGCUUUAAAUUGUUUUCAGUGACAAGAGACAGAUAACAGACUUCAUCUUCUUGAAUUCUUCACAUACAGUGCAGUGAUAAUGGGAUGAAGCAAAGUUUCUCAAUGACCUUCAGCUCUCAUUCUUUGACUGCCAUAAUGAGACAGUCUAACCACAUACACUGUACGAUAUUGCGCUAACUUUGAAUAGAAACACAGUCAUACACCUAGAGGCCUGGGAUGAGACUUUUUUAAAGGUAAGUGUCUGUAGAGACUGCCUGUGGAUAACACAUGAGUUCACAGUGUUCCUGAUUACAGCAUGAUGAUGGUGUGUGUGUGAGAAGACGAGCCGCUCCAACAGGUGCAGUGGCAUUCCAGAGACACACUUUCACAUCCACAGUCAUGUGUGAUUGCAUUUACAUGUCAUUUGAUGAAUCCAUUUUUAAAAAAUAUCAUUUCUGAUUUAUUAUUGUAUGGUGUAGUGUGGCAGCAUUACUGAACAUUCAAUGGAUAUUUUUAUACCACGUCUUACUGUAUAUUCUCCUUUAUCAGCAUCAAAUUCAAGUAACUUGACUCUCCACAAUCAGUCUGCUUUUAUGGACUUUUACAAGCUCUUGCAUAGUAGAAAAGAAGAUAAAUUAAAU